UGGAAGGUCAUUCCACCACUGAGGAACAGUUAGUUUGAAUGUUCUUGAAAGGGACCUUGAGCCACGCCGAGUAGGUACUACUAAGCGUCGGUCAUUAUUCGAUCGCAGAUUGUGUGAGGGAACGUAAGCCUUCAGGAGAGAGUUGAGGUAGGAGGGUGCUGUUCCAGACAAGGUCUUGUAGGUGAGCACCAAGGCCUUGAAUUUGAUACGGGCGGCUAAAGGAAGCCAGUGGAGGGAGAUGAAGAGGGGUGUGACAUGGGUUCUCUUGGGCUGGUUGAAGAGGAGGCGUGCUGCUGCAUUCCGAAUCAUUUGAAGGGGUUUGAUGGAGAUGGCUGGGAGGCUCGAGAGUAGUGAGUUGCAGUAGUCCAGUUUUGAGAUAACAAGAGCCUGGACAAGUAUCUGUGUAGCCUGUUCGGUGAGGUAGGGUCUGAUUUUUUUUAAUGUUGUACAGGAUGAACCUACAGGACCAUGCAGUUGUUGAGAUGUGGUCUGUAAAGGUCAAGCUGUCAUCGAGAAUCACCCCAAGGUUCCUGGCCAUCCUGGUUGGCUUUAGUGUGGUUGAGCCGAGCUGUACAGUGAGGUUGUGGUUGAUUGAGGGACAGGCUGGGAUGACGAGAAGCUCAGAUUUUGCCAGGUUGAGCUUAAGAUGGUGUUCCGUCAUCCAGACUAAGAUGUCCGACAGGCAAGCAGAGAUACGUGCAGGGACGGAUGGAUCGUCAGGCUGGAUGGACAAAUAGAGCUGGGUGUCAUCAUCUUAACAAUGAUAUGAGAAGCCAUGAGACUCAAUCACCUGCCCUAGAGAUGUAGUGUAGAUAGAAAAGAGCAGUGGACCCAGAACUGACCCCUGUGGAACACCAGGUGUGAGUUGCUGAGUUUCAGAAAUACCUCCCCUCCAUGAUACCUUGAAGGAUCUGUCUGAGAGAUAGGACUCCACCAAGCGCAGAACCGUUCCAGUGAUGCCCAGGCUGGAGAGUGUUGACAGGAGGAUCCGAUGGUUCACAGUGUCAAAAGCAGCAGAAAGGUCGAGUAGGAUGAGGACAGAAGAUCUAGAGGUUGCUCUUGCUAGUCGUAAGGCUUCAGUGACGGAAAGCAGAUUUAAUUAAUUUCACCUUACCAAACCUAUUGAAUUGUGCCUCGGGACAGUUAAAAAUAUAAAGAGAAAUACUUAAUUAUCUCAGGAAAACAUGACUGGAAAAUGGAAUUUAAUAAACAUAUAAAAAGUUUUCCCGUUCUUCUUAUUAACGCUGCACACUCCAGUCCAGUUGGUGGCGGUAAUACACCAUAAGUUGGCUUGUCAAUCGCCAUUAAACAACACAAGAAGAAGAAGGGAUUUGCCGCGGCUGACCAAUCAGGAUACGUUCUGAUCCAACACUUCCGCAUUCUGGAUAAAUAAAUAAUUAAAUAAAUAUAUUUUUUGAUGAUGGCUGUCAGUUUCAAUGCCGACUAGAUUUACAUUUCCAGUUCAAAUACCGGAAGCCACAUCACGACGCUUUCUUUAUUAUUCCUAAAUUGUACUUUAAUAGUAUUAGAUUGUUCUAACGGAUUGCUUAUUAUUAGCGGAUUAGCAGCCGCCUGAUUUAACCCGACUUGUUUUGAGGUUUUUUUUUUCUUUUAAAUUUUAUUUUGUCACUGUAGUAUUAAAAACAAGCUCGAAUUCGGUUGUCAUCUUGGAAUUGCUUAGUAGAUGUUUAAAAAAAUGCAGUAUAAGUACCUAAACUCGUGAUCUAAAAUGGGUUGAUAACUGCGCAUGCGCAGUGCAUGGUUGCAUGGCCUGUCACGUUGUUUUUUUCUUCUUCUUCUUUGUCUUUUUUCAUCCAAAGUGUCUCUUAAAACACGAUUUCGGCCAGGAACGUGUUCAUGUAGCUGAGGAGCAAUCUGAUUUAGCUACAUUACACAGGCUUUCUUAGUCGUGUCUGAUCUGGUCUGAUCUGAUCUGGUGCACAUCCAGACCCAGCCGGCUCCAUGGUGCUGCGCAGACUGCUGCGGAGGCGCUGGGUUCUGGGGGUCGUGUUCGGCUUCUCCCUCAUUUACUUCCUCACCAGCACACUCAAACAGGAGGAGCGAAGCACGCGGGAUCGGACUCUGCUGGAGGCCAGGGAAUCCGAUCACCCCAUUGCGUGGAAAGUCAAGUUCAACCUGGGCAACAGCAGCAGGCAGAUCACACAGUGCAGGAACUCCAUCCAGGGGAAGAGCCUCCUCACUGACGAACUUGGUUACGUGUGUGAGAGGAAGGACCUGCUGGUGAACGGAUGCUGUAACGUGAACGCGCCGCGCUCCGGGCAGUACAUGUGUAAGAGCUGUCUGCCCAACGGCUGCUGCAGCGUCUACGAGUACUGCGUGUCCUGCUGCCUCCAGCCCGACAAGCAACCUCUACUGGAGCACUUUUUGAACCGAGCCGCUGAAGGAUUUCGGAAUCUCUUCACCGCCGUAGAGGAUCACUUUGAGCUGUGUUUGGCGAAAUGCCGCACCUCCUCACAGAGCGUCCAGCACGAGAACACGUACAGAAACCCCCAGGCGAAGUACUGCUACGGUGAAAGCCCCCCUGAGCUCCUGCCCAUCUGACAGAGAAGAAUAUUUCUACGCAAAAUAUACUACCUCUCACCUCCUCCGCUCGAGUGUAUUUAACGGUCUUGAACUGGCCGCGUCAGCAUGAAGACGUACAACAAAGCUGCACCGGAAAUAAACGACGGACGGAACCUAGUCGUGUCUUUAGGAGCUGCGUAAAACCUCAUCUGCAACCGUCAUCUACAUGAAAUUUCGGGUUCGUGCCACAGAAAUAGGAUGUCCUAUGUUUGCCAGUCUCCUAGAUGUACAAUACUUUAACUGGAAAUGCAUCACUGGUCUGAUGUCAGAGGUUGCGGUCAGCCACAGAUGUGUGCAAUAUGUCUGGAAUAGCACGUGGCUGCAAUAACUAUUGCCUCAGUGGUGGACAGUAAAAGGUGGAACGACUUUACAGAAGUCAGAGACUAUCAACCAGAUCAACUUGUAAGCAAUUCUGACCCAGUGGUCACUUGUUAAAGUCUUGCAUGUGAAGUGCUAUGUAUUAAAGCUAUAUGUUAAUUUAAUAAAUGCCAUUUUUACCGACUCGCCUCGCCUCGCCUCAUCUGUGGUAAAGGCUAAGCGUGUAAGGCUAGAAACAAUAUAUUCUUGACGGAAUACACUUGAACCGAACCCAAAUAGCGCAGCGAUCUACACAGCAAUUUAUUUACUGGUUAAAGGACGUCACAGAUCUGUUUAUAGUAAUGCUAAUAAAUUUCGGCGAAAACAAGUUUCUACAGACAAACCAAGCAGAACGCUGUCUGAACUUCCUUCCAGUCUUCCUUCCUUCCUUCUUUCAGUCAUUCAUUCAUUCAUUCAUCUCAAACACUGACCGUCUCUCUCUCUCUCUCUCUCUCUCUCUCUCUCUCUAUAAAACACACAGGGUGUAAAUUCGGUUUCCAUUUAACGAUCUCGGUCGUAUCAC